GGCACGGCGGCAGGUGCCACGCAGUGGAUUCUGGCGAUGCUGCAUUGCCUGGGCCGCGGGAGGUGUCUAGCCCUCUGCCUCGACCGGGCGGCGGCUUCAGCCUGGGUUACUGCGAGGGCGGCCAUACCUCACAGGAGCUUUCCUACCAGAGGUCUUAGCAAAACGGCGUUUGUGACCAUGGCAACAGGCAGCAGUGAUGGACCACGAUGUUCAUCAGGCCCAAAGCCAAAGCAGCAUACCAACCGAUUGAUCCACGAGAAGUCUCCCUAUCUUUUGCAGCAUGCAAACAAUCCUGUAGACUGGUAUCCAUGGGGCGAAGAGGCAUUUGCCAAAGCAAAGAAAGAAGACAAGCCAAUCUUUCUGUCAGUUGGUUACUCCACAUGUCACUGGUGCCAUGUUAUGGAACGGGAAUCAUUUGAAAAUGAAGAGAUUGGCAAAAUCAUGAAUGAGAAUUUUGUUUGCAUCAAGGUUGACCGAGAGGAACGACCAGAUGUUGAUAAAGUUUAUAUGACAUUUGUCCAGGCAACAAGUGGUGGGGGUGGCUGGCCAAUGAGUGUCUGGCUGACCCCUGACCUCAAACCUUUUGUUGGAGGGACUUACUUCCCACCUGAAGAUGGAUUCCACCGCUUGGGGUUUAAGACAGUGUUGAAGAACCUGGCUGGGCAGUGGAAGAGAAACAGGAAGGACCUAACUGAACGCAGCGAUAAGAUCCUGACAGCCCUGCAGAAGGGGGUAGAAGUGAGUGCCAACAAAGAGGCAGUGCCCCCGCCAUGUGCCCGGGUGAUGGAGAGGUGCUUCGAGCAGCUGGCUCAUUCCUACGAAGAUGAAUAUGGAGGGUUUUGCGAAUCUCCGAAGUUCCCUUCACCGGUUAACUUCAAUUUUCUAUUCCGUUUCUGGGCUUUGAACAAGAGUGAAGAGAAAGGAGCCCAGGCGCUGCAGAUGGCUUUACACACUCUGAAAAUGAUGGCUCUUGGAGGAAUACAUGAUCACAUUGGGCAGGGUUUCCAUCGCUACUCCACAGACAGGAGGUGGCAUGUUCCCCAUUUUGAGAAGAUGCUGUAUGACCAGGGGCAACUGGCUGUGUCCUAUAUAGAAGCGUAUCAGAUAUCUGGUGACACGUUCUUUGCGGAUGUUGCUCGAGACAUUCUGCUCUAUGUCUCCCGAGAUCUGAGUGACCAGUCUGGAGGUUUCUACAGUGCCGAAGAUGCAGAUUCCUACCCUACAACUGAGUCCAUUGACAAGAAAGAGGGAGCUUUCUGUGUGUGGACAGAGAAAGAAAUUCGACAACUUCUCCGAGACCCAAUCCCAGAUGCCACUGAAAACAUAACCAUGGCAGAUGUCUUUUCCUAUCAUUAUGAUGUGAAAGAGCGUGGAAAUGUUAACCCAGCUCAGGACAGUUCACAAGAAUACCAAGGGCAUAGCUCUCCGGCUGUUCACAACAAGGAAGGUCUCAUGAUCUCUGGUUUCGCUCGAGUGGGUGCAGUUCUUGGGGAGAAGGGUUACAUUCAACGUGCAUUACGGGCUGCUGGCUUCCUGAGGGAGCACAUGUUCGAUUCCAGCAGCGGGCGGCUCUUGCGUAGUUGCUACCGUGGAGAUGAGAGAGUGGUGGAGCAGACAGCCACACCGAUCCAUGGGUUUCUGGAUGACUAUGCAUUCAUUAUACGGGGCCUGAUAGACCUGUAUGAAGCUUCCUUUGAUGAGCAGUGGUUGGAAUGGGCUGUAAAGCUCCAGCAAAUACAGGAUACCUUGUUCUGGGAUGCUAAAGGAUUUGCCUACUUCUCUGAUGAUGCCCAAGAUCCAUCAGUGCUAAUUCGCCUCAAAGAAAACCAGGAUGGUGCGGAACCCAGUGGCAAUGCAGUAGCUGCUUCCAAUCUUGUGCGCCUGGCAAAUUUCGCCAACCGACCAGACUGGAGUGAUAGGUCAAGACAGCUCGUGGCAGCAUUUACAAAACUGUUGGAUAGUAUGCCCAUCGCACUGCCGGAAAUGGUAACUGCCCUGAUGGUACAACAUUACCCACUGAAACAGAGCUGCUGCGUAAAUACAAGGUCUUGCUGUUGAAUGCAC